CGCCGCGGCGGUGGCGCUGCCUGCGACUGCGCCCCGCGCUGGAGUCGGGCUGAAGGGGCUGCUCGAGACUGUGUCGCCGUCGCCCUGUCCGCGCCGUGCAACACUGUACUGCAAGUCAAUCAAUACAGUAUUAAGUCACUUCGACUCAAAUGGAAAAGUAUGAAAAAUUAGCUAAGAUUGGAGAGGGGUCUUAUGGGGUUGUAUUCAAAUGCAGAAACAAAACCUCUGGACAAGUGGUAGCUAUUAAAAAAUUUGUGGACUCCGAAGAUGAUCCUGUGGUUAAGAAAAUAGCUCUAAGAGAAAUACGCAUGUUGAAGCAAUUAAAACACCCAAAUCUUGUGAACCUCAUUGAGGUGUUCAGGAGAAAAAGGAAAAUGCAUUUAGUUUUUGAAUACUGUGAUCAUACACUUUUAAAUGAGCUGGAAAGAAACCCAAAUGGACUUGCUGAUGGAGUGAUCAAAAGUGUGUUAUGGCAAACACUUCAAGCUCUUAACUUCUGUCAUAGACAUAACUGUAUUCACAGAGAUGUAAAACCUGAAAAUAUUCUAAUAACUAAGCAAGGAAUAAUCAAGAUCUGUGACUUUGGGUUUGCACGAAUUCUGAUUCCAGGAGAUGCCUACACUGAUUAUGUUGCUACAAGAUGGUACCAAGCUCCUGAACUUCUUGUGGGAGAUACCCACUAUGGUUCUUCAGUCGACAUAUGGGCUACCGGUUGCGUUUUUGCAGAGCUCCUGACAGGCCAGCCACUCUGGCCUGGAAAAUCAGAUGUGGACCAACUGUAUCUGAUAAUCAGAACACUGGGAAAACUAAUCCCAAGACAUCAAUCUAUCUUUAAAAGUAACCAAUUUUUCCAUGGCAUCAGUAUUCCUGAACCAGAAGAUAUGGAAACUCUUGAAGAAAAGUUCUCAGAUGUUCAUCCUGUGGCUUUGAAUUUCAUGAAGGAGUGUCUGAGGAUGAAUCCAGAUGACAGGUUAACCUGUGCCCAACUCCUGGAGAGCCCCUACUUUGAUCCUUUUCAAGAGGACCAAAUUAAAAGAAAAGCAUGUAAUGAAGGAAGAAACAGAAGAUGUCAGCAGAAUCAACUGUUGCCUCUCAUACCAGGAAGGCACAUCUCCCCCACACCUGAUGGAAGAAAACAAGUUUUCCAGUUAAAAUUCGAUCAUCUUCCAAACAUUUAG